AUGGAGCCCGUUCCUGGACCAUCUAGGGUCACCCCAAUAAAAACAUAUCCAUCGGGAAAGUUCAUUGGAUCCUCCCAAAAGAUAAUGAUUAUCAAUUUAUAUGAAAAUCUGAAGCUGGAGCAGCCGGAAUUGAACCGAACUUCUCUGUACAGACUUUUAAAAAGGAUGGAAUUUAAAUAUGUUUCAAGGUCCAGAAACAGCGCCAUGCUGGAUAAAGAGUACAUUGUGGCUUGGUGCCAGAAAUAUAUAUUUCAGAUAAAACAAUUCAGAUCUCAAAAUAAACCGAUAUAUUACUUUGUUGAAACAUGGGUGACUGCUGGGGAUGUGAAGAGGAAACUCUGGAAAGACACCUCAGUUUCAUCCGAGAGAAAUGCCGAGGAAAGGGGUCUGUCGACGGGAAUUCCAGACUCUGUCAAUAAGGGGAAACGCCUCAUCGUUCUACACAUCGGGUCGGCAGAUGGAUUCGUUCCUGGAGGGCUCCUCUGUUUCGAGUCGAAGAAAAAUUCUGCCGAUUAUCACGACGAAAUGAAUGGAGAUACAUUCUUCGAUUGGUUUCAGUUAGUUAAGAAGCAUAAGAAAGAACAGAAUUAUGUCAUUGAUGAAUACGCCAAGCAACAUGGCCACGAAGUGUUGCGACUUCUCCCGUACCACUGUGAAUUAAACCCCAUCGAAUUAGCAUGGGCGUAUAUUAAAGAAUACGUCAGAGGACGUAACGUAACGUACAAGUUGCCAGACGUACGGAAACUGAUAUACGAAGCCAUCGAGAAUGUGUCUCCAGUGAUGUGGCAGAAUUUUAUUCGUCGCGUAACAGGGGAGGAAAAUAGACUCCAGGAAUCGGAUAACAUCACCGAUUCGAUGUUAGACGAUGGGGCUGAACGGGUGGACUCACCGGCCCCGUCGUCAGACUCCGAAACCGAGUCAGAGUAG